AGGGGACUCACGCGGUGGAGACGCUGUUGGACGUGAUGGAGGAUGGCGCACCUGGUUGCGGUCCACCCGAGUUGUUUGACGCGCCUGAAUGGGCUGAGUUGAAAGACCCAUUGCUGCUACUGCGUGCGAGCCCCAUCUCGACUGAUGGCUGUCCCUGCUUGCUCGAUCCCGCUGGCGUCGUCGGGCGACUACCUCCACCAGAGGUUAGCAAAGAAGCGACCGUUCGCGGGGAAGAGGACAUUGGUGGAGAAGGAGAAUGGUCAUCGCUGUGAGCAUGCGGAGGGAUGUCGUAUGCUAGCAUGGGACCACGAUCGGAUUCGGUGCCCGUGGUGCUAGCUCGGAUUGGAAUCGAGCGAUCCAGCGGCCUGCCGGGGCUGAGGGGUGGGGCUGUAGGAGACGGAAAGGGCGGGCGUGACCUGGGUGAGCGAGCCGGUUCUGGUUGGGGUUGAUUGUAGGACUGUUGGGUAGACUGGAAGGUCCCUAUUCUGCCGGGACCAAGCUGGCUGGCGUCGGGCGUCAUCCGUAGGGCGCCAGCACUGAGUUCGUGGUUGUCGGCUGCGACGGCGAAGGGAGCAAUAAGGAGUCUGCGAUGACAGUAACUUGUCACUGGUAACGGAGUCACACACUCUCCACCAACGUUGACGAAACAAAAAAAAUGGGUCUCUGUCCGGCUACUGCUGGUACUAUUACAAUUUGUACAUCUCCCAUCCAUGGACUGUCGCCCGGACUUCUUCAUCUCCUGGGUCUUCAGGAAACAUGGGUGGAUAGCGCCGCGUGACCACUUUGUCACAGAUCCAGCCCUGCUCGCGCGCAUUGUCAAAAAAGUCCAUGUCUCGUGCCGCAAGGUGUGGGCGAUGAUGUGUGUAGAAGACGAGAACUCGCCCGUUCUCUUUCUUCAGAGCCGCUUGACAAGUCUCCAACAACGCGGCAUGCUGUUCCUGCUCAGCUUGUCCAAGAGAAAAACAACCCUCUGCCCACGCACUUGAGAGUGAUUGAAGAUUAAGUCUGAGAGCAGGAGGUAAUCGAAUCCAGAUGGCGCUACUUCGAGCAACUGUUGGACAGGAUGCCCCCAGAUAUGGCCCUGCAUACCUUCAAUCACUUCGUCGAGACUCGGUAUGAGAUCAGAACUCGUCCCACCUUAACAGAUACUCGAGCUUGCAACUGAGCUUUUUCCACGUUCUUUUCCAGAUUUUUCAGCAAUGCCGGGUCUGGAUAAUCAGUGAGCAGAACCUACGAGAAGGCUUGAACGAUUGAAAUGCAGACGGGAAAUCUGUGGACAUACAUGUUUCGCACCAUUCUGCGCUGUCACCAGCCCCGGUAACCCACCCCCAGCACCGAGCUCCAAAACAUAGGACCCGGCGUACCGCUUCGGGUCCGAGUCUAUAUAGGAUGCGAACGCUCUUGCCGCAUUCCACCUUUUGAAGUAUCACAGAUUUAUAUCUCUACGGACACUAAUGAAACAACAUACAAGUAAUGGCCCCACAAGGGAUGUGAACCUACCAGUUGUAUUUGUAGUUCGUGCCAGUCCGGCUCUAGCGCAACCUUCUCUCGUCGGUAGACAACAAUUGUAGGCUCGGGAGAUGGUGGUCGUUCUUCCUAGGCUAUUUUCAUUUCUAUUUGACAUUAUCGCCGAAGAUACCAACAGGAAACAUCGAAUCGAGGUCGAGAUCGUCGCCCUCUGACAUGGUUGAAAAGUUACAAGUUAUGAUCGAUGCGAUCGACUUAGCCACGGUGGCAGUGCAGAUAUUGCUCUUAGUCAACUACUCUCAUGGUCCAAGCGCCAGAUUUCGUUCCAGACAAUGCGCCCGAGCACUGUCCUGGGACCGAUUCUGAAUUGGCAGGCAAAGUAGACGCUUGUGCUGGAUGCGACAACCAAGCUAUCUGCGCUUCCAACCUUCCAAAGCAAGAGGAUCCAAAUCUGCCUCUGAUCACCGAACGCAUGUCCACUGUCAGAAAUAAAAUUCUGGUGUUGUCGGGCAAGGGCGGAGUAGGCAAAUCCACCUUCACGUCGCAACUGGCGUGGGCGUUCGCAGCAGACGAGUCAGUACAAGUGCGUUCCAGUCAUCUCACACACAUGCCCAGACCGAACUUUUCCUGUGAGACCGGAAUCAUGGAUGUUGACAUCUGCGGACCAUCGAUACCAACCAUCCUCGGAAUUGAGUCCGAGCAGGUGCAUGCCUCCGCCUCGGGCUGGUCACCCAUCUACGUACAGGACAAUCUCGCUGCCAUCUCCGUGGGCUGCAUGCUCCCCUCCUCGACUUCUGCUAUCAUGUGGCGCGGCCCGAAGAAGAAUGGGCUAAUAACCCAGUUUCUCCGGGACGUGGACUGGGGCCCAUUGGACUAUCUGCUGGUUGAUACACCUCCUGGGACGUCGGACGAGCACUUGAGUGUAGUGCAGCUUCUCAAAGACAGUGGGAUUGCUGGUGCUGUUCUUUUGACUACCCCGCAGGAGGUUGCGCUGCAGGACGUGAGGCGGGAGAUCGACUUUUGUCGGAAGGUUGGAGUGAGGAUUCUGGGGCUGGUCGAGAACAUGGCUGGGUUCGUCUGCCCGUCUUGUAAGACUGAAUCGCAGAUAUUCAAACCAACGACGGGUGGUGGGAAACGGUUGGCUGAAGAGAUGGGCAUUGAGUUACUAGGCUCCGUCCCUCUCGAUCCACGCAUUGGAAAGAGUGCCGAUUACGGUGUCAGCUUCCUAGAUGAAUAUCCAGACAGCCCAGCCAGCAUCGCCUACCUCGAUAUCAUAGAUCGGCUCAAAGAGAUCCUAGAAGAUCAGUCGCACCUUCGUUAACUAUUCUAAUCAAAGCAAAGCAUAGCAAAAUAUGUAGUCCUUCCUCAGAUAUAAAAUCCUCCGCCUUCCUUUUUGCCUUUGCGUUCCUCGUCCUCCAGAAUCCGGGGCAUUUCCGAGACAGGGGCAUCGGCUUCAGAGGGAUUGCUUUCCACAAUAUAUCGGCCGAUGGGAGCAAUGUCGCCAAGCCCGCCGGCGAGACCUUCAGCACUUUCGUGAAUGGAAACAGUACUGAGAGUCCGCAGCAACUUUCUGCCCUCUCCUCGCCCAACUGUCGAACCUGUUCGUGACCGGGCACCGGGGAUGACGUAACCCUGUGAGGGGAACGCGAUGGAGCUUCCUCCCUGUGUUGGCUCUGCCGUUUGGGGACUCUCCGUGAAGGACGGCUGUUGUGACGGUGGUCGUGGCGAGCCAUAUAUUGAUCCUUGUCUGGUGGGUUGCAUGAUGCUCGACCUUCGAGCAUAAGACGCCACUGGAUCCGUGGGCUGCACGACUUUAUCGGCUGGAGGUGGCGGCGGAGGCGGCCAUAUUGGUUCGGGUACAGGUUCGGUCUUUGCCGCCUGGUCUUCCUCCUCUCCUUCUUCUUCAGGGAUUGGGGCAGGCUCCGGUUCAGAGGCGAACGUUUCUUCGACCGGUAACCUUGAGAUACCCUCGGCAAGUUGGAGGACCUCCUCGUCGGCUUCCUCGCUGGCGACCUCGUCGUCUUCAUCAUCGAUCCCGCCGCGGACUUCCUUGCGGUAGUCUUGGAUCUCGUUCCACAGUGCAAGGCGCAGAUCUUCCAAGGUGUCCAGUCGCUCGAUCGUCCUCCACUUGUCGAACGGGACCUUGCAGUCUGGCUCCUCAUCCGGCUCAUGGUACCCGCUUAACCAGGGAUGCUCCAGUGAUUGAGCCACGCUGUACCGGGAUUCAGGGCUGAAUGUAAGCAUGUGCUGCAAGAGCUCGAUUGCUGGUAUGUUUGAAUAACAAUCUCAGUCUGCAGCCAACGAAAUUUGCAGACCUUGCACAUCUGCCGUGGGCAAGAUCUUCGAGAAAGGACGCUUCUUGCUGAUGGGCAAAGAGCGCACAUAAGCUCGCGCCUGAGAGUUGUCAAAAUCGAGUUUCCGAUGUACUGAGCGAGAUCGGACCUUCUCACUCGCAAUCUUUUGCAAAACUGUCUCUUCCGGUGAGCCUGAAUGAACGCGCUGAGCAGAAUCCACCAAAGAUGGAACUGUUAAAUACCGAGUACGUCGAGAAUUUUCUUCAGCUGAUCCACUAGUUCCUUGCAUAAGUGGUAGCGGAUGAACACGAAGAACGAG